AUGGCACAAGAGUCUCGUCGCGACGCGUGUCUAGUUGUCGAGGUGGCUGCACUGAGUUGCGACGAAACGAAGCCGCAGUGCGCAAACUGCCUCGUGGUCGAGCGCACCUGUGAAUACGCGGCAAUACGACGCCGCCAGCCCAGCCAGGCACAGCAGCAACGGGACGCGGCCCGGAGAUCCGCCGUGUCGGACACGCUCCACGCAGAUACGCCUUGUCUAGAGAACGCCCCGACGACCACCGCCAGAGACGCGGCGGCUGCCGGGUUAGCCCCCACGCCGGCGCACACGACCGCCUCCUCGCGAGCAGCAUCGCCCGGACGCGGCCUGGCAUCGGAUCCGGACGCCCCCGUCAACGUCCACCACAUGCGUCUCCUGCUGCACUUCUCCCUCGCCACCGCCGUCCCGGAGCUCCCCGCCCACCUCGCCGCGGAGGGCACCGCGCUCGUGCUGCGCGAGGCCCUGGAGACGCCGUACCUACUACACCAGGUCCUCGCCCUGUCCGCGCGGCACCUCGCGCACCUGCACCCCUCCGAGUUUUCCUUCUACUACGGCCAGGCCAUCAAGUUCCAGACGCGAGCCAUCGAGGGCUUCAGCGCCGCCGCCGCAGAGUCCGUCACCGGCGGCGGCGGGAUGCCGGCGGUGCUCUUCUCGGCGCUGCUGACCCGGCACUCGCUGGUGGACACGCUGCGCGUCCUGCAGGGUGACGGCGGACCCGGGGGUUUCGGCGCGUUCCUGGACGCCUUCGUGCAGUGCGCCCAGCUGCAGCAGGGCACGCGCGCCGUGGUCACGGGCGUCUCGUGGGCGAGCCUGCUCGCCUCCGAACUCGCGCCGUUCAUGCGCUGGGGCGCGGGCCGCGGCCACGGCCAGGAUGCCAAGACGCGCGGCGGCGAGUGCGACCAGCUGCUGCGGCUCAUCGCCAUCACGCCGGGUCUGGAUCCCGUGGAGCGCGAGUCGUGCCGCGCGGCGGCGCACCAUCUGCAACUGGGCUUCGACGACCUGGCCAGCCCGACGCCGGACCGCAACUGCUACCAGAUCCUGUACAGCUGGAAGAUCUACCUGCCGGAGGAGUUCGUGGAGCUGCUGGCGCGGCACAGGCCGGAGGCGGCGGCGAUCAUGGCCUGGUACGCGGCGCUGCUGCACCACGGGCGGCACAUGUGGCAGAUUGGCGACGCCGGCGCGUUCGUGCUGGCCUCCGCGGCGGAGUUCCUGGGCGACGAGUGGUCGCAUUGGCUGGAGUGGCCGCGGUCUGUUAUUGGGAGUUGA